AUGUGCUUCUAUGACAGCUACGUUAUGGCUUGUAACUGUGGAAAAUGGGGACACUUCAGACAGCAUUGCAGCAAAGGUAUGCUUUCCCUGAUGUUCGAGGCUCCUGGAAUUCCCAAGUUUGAGAUCGUUUUUGUUCCACAGUACCGCACCGGUGAGACCUGCGGGAUGAAAUUAGUCAUGAACAGAUACUCGAAGCCCGAGAAGUGUAAGAUUUGCACCAAGAUCGACACGAAGCAGCGUGGCAUCGUCAAGGAGGAAGACAAGAUUCGCAGGUGGAAACGUGAGACCAACCGCGUCAACUCGAUCGAGAAGGCCGAGGAAACCAUCGAAGCCCUGAAGCAAGAUCUUCAGCGGCUCAUUCAGGAGCGGGAGAACAAGAGGAACUCCUUGAACUGCAUAACCGCCAAGGACUGA